AUGCGCAAACGGGUAACUCAUGUGAACUACACACUUGGCUGCAGUAUAGUAGCCCCCAUGCAGUACGCCCAACGGAUGUAUUUCCACCACCGUUCUAGUUAUAAUAGUAAUAAUAGCAGUAAUAAUAGUAAUAGUAGUGGUAUUUAUAGUUCUAAUAAAUGCUAUUAUUAUCAUUACUAUCCUUCUGCGCAGCAGUUCUGUUCAACCCGUGGUGUGGUGUUAUUACGUCCACACCGUCGCCAUUGCGAUCUUUUCAUUCUCUGCGGUUGUGCCCGCAUGGCGAGUGCUGGUGUUGGUGGUGGUGGUGGUGGGAUGAAGGAUGUGGAUGCGGCUGGGAAGGAUCUUGAUGUGUUGGACUCCUCCAAGCCGGUGCACAUCCGCGUGGCGGAGGCCCGCGACUCGCAGGUGUACACCAUGCAGGAUUACAUUGAACGCGAUGAGGCCCUCACACGAUCCGCACAGACACUCAGCGGCCGCAUCUCCGACGUCCGCGAUAAUCCGGCGUGGAUGUUGUGGGCUCUUUUUCUUCUUGGACUUGGUGUGAUGACGGUGGUGGUGUCUAUUCGUGUGCGGCGUGAACAGAUGCGGUUUGAUCCGAAAUUGCGAUCGGUGCGGGCCUUUGAUUCCCCGCAGGGUCCAAGUAUUGGCGGCCCGUUUUCUCUUCUCGGCGUGGAUGGCCGUCGGUAUACAGAUGAGGACUUCCGCGGUAAGUGGAUGUACAUCUACUUUGGCUUCACCAACUGCCCGGAUGUGUGUCCGGAGGAGAUGGCCAAGAUGAGCCGCGUUAUUCAGCAUCUCGACAAGAAAGUUGGGCGGGAUUAUUGGCAGCCCAUCUUUAUUUCUCUCGAUCCACGGCGGGAUACUCCAGAGAAGAUAAAGGAGUAUUUGGCCGACUUCAAUCCACGUAUUCUUGGACUCGUGGGAACACAAGAAGAAGUGGAGGCCGCCGCUCGGGAGUAUCGUGUAUACUUUGCAAUUCCAGAUGAGGAGGCGAUGAGUGAAGAGGAUUAUUUAGUGGAUCAUUCUAUUAUUAUGUAUCUCAUGGACCCAGACGGGAAAUUCUCAGACUACACCACUAAAGAAUUUCAGUGGUUUGAAAGUUACAGUAAACUUCUACGACGUAUGAUGGAUUAUGAACGGAAUAAAGUACAGAAACAGAGGGAACAGGGUGGUACAUUAGAACCAGGUGAACAAGUUGCGAAUAUGAAAGUAGCAAACAUCGCAACUGUAUUAGAUGAGGAUGGGGCUUCGGCAUUAACAAGUCGUCAGGAUGCAAUGCAGAAUAGAGGACAACAGCCAAUGAUGACCGUACGGCGUUAA